AUGGGUCGCAAGGCCAAGGCCACCAUUGUUGCUUUGGCGACUCUGAUCAUUUACGUCUCCGUCAACAGCAUUGCCCGGGCUGUCGAUCCGCGAUCCUUUGUCUGGUAUGAGGAGGACAAAGACGAGCGGAACUGGAUCGCGACCUCGCGGUCCUGGUUUGACCGCAAGAGCUGCCGCUGGCUUGGCGUCUGUGGUGCCGCACACCUCCAAACAGCCGGUGGGCACUUCGGGCAGCGCAACCCCGAGAAAUGGCACGAAUCGAACGAUACCGAGUCGGAACCAUGGCGAUCCUACUGGGUUAGCGGAACGAGUAAUCAAUCCGAGUGGGAUGCCGAGGAGCGGGCUCGGCGGGAGAUUCCCGACUAUGUUUUUGACUAUGCCCCACUUGUCCAUCUCUAUUCCGGGGAACAGUUUUGGCCCGGAGACAUCGCCGAGCAUUUGUAUCACACCACUCCCAUGCUCAAUUACACUCCGAUCCAGGCCCAAUGGGACCAUCCCACGUUAGACAACCUCAAGGAGCUCAACCAAUGGGAAACCGGACGUCAUGUUUUCUUGUCCAGCAACGAUGACGUGCAAACCCGCCCUCCUUGGCUCGAGGGUGAGAGGAAUAUUCCGGAGUCCGAUGAAGAGAUGAAGGAAUCAUGGGCCGAUUGGGACGGUCGAGUGGAUGGCAAGAUCCCCGGUGACACCGAAGAGGAUCGCGCCGAAUGGUUGGAUUUGAGACAUCCAGAGGACGACGAUCGAGAUAUGGGAUCCUUGCAGGGUCAUCGAUUGCUGAGACAGGAACUGCGCAAACGCUAUGGCGGCAAGCCGAUCCAGGAACCAAUUCAAGACACGCCCAUGGAAGGAGCGGGAGGUCGCAGCGAUGCGCCGGUGAUUCUGCUUGUGAUGGAUAAAGGCAAUGGAGUCGUGGAUGUCUUCUGGUUCUUCUUCUACAGCUUCAAUCUGGGUAACACCGUUGCCAAUGUGCGUUUCGGUAACCAUGUUGGUGACUGGGAGCAUUGCAUGAUGCGAUUCCACAACGGUGAGCCGAAGGCCCUCUUCUUCAGUGCCCACACAGCUGGCGAGGCCUAUCGAUAUGAAGCUGUGGAAAAGAUCGGAAAGCGGCCGGUUAUCUACUCCGCCGAGGGCAGUCAUGCCAUGUAUGCCACAGCCGGCGUGCACGAGUAUGUCUUGCCAUGGGGGCUCCUCCAUGAUGUGACCGACAAAGGCCCGCUAUGGGACCCCAUGCUCAACUCCCAUGCAUAUACUUACGACUUUCACAAUGAUACCCUACGCGCAUCCACGCACAGCCCAACGUCACCAACAGACUGGUUUUACUUCCGCGGCCACUGGGGCGACAAAUUCUACCCACUAGGCGACUCACGACAAUGGCGCUUUGCCGGCCAAUACCACUUUGUAAAUGGACCUCUGGGCCCCAAAUUCAAGCAUCUCAAUCGAGUUAAAGUGUGCCAAGGAUCAGACCGAUCAACUUGCGUGAUCAAAGACUGGAUUGGAGAAGAUGUCCGAAGCCCACGGUGGGACUCCGUCGGGGUUGGCGAGUGA